CUCCACCUGCUGCUCCGUCACAGAGCCUCCUCCUGCUGCUCCGUCACAGAGCCUUCUCCCGCGCAAACCGAGCGCUCUCCGGACUUUACCGAGCGCUGCUCGUCCAGCGGAGAAACCCGAACCGCCCGUAGGCUCGUUUCCGUGAAGCGGAGCGCCGGCCGUGCGGGGCCAGAGGACACGCAGCGCCCCGCAAUGAGUCUGUGGCCCAACGGCUCCUCCGAGGACCUCCAUGCGGGCUCCGACCGCAGCUCCGACCGCAACAACGGCUCCCAGCUGCGCGGACAGCCCCGCCACGGCGAUGACCCCGCCCCGCUGGACCUCCGCCGGGCGGUGCCGGUGGGCAUGCUGCUCGCCUCCUUCAUCGCCUUCGCCAUCGCGGGGAACAUCCUGGUCAUCCUGUCGGUGGUCUGCAACCGACACCUGCGCAGCCCGACCAACUACGUCAUCAUCAACCUGGCCAUCGCUGACCUGCUGCUGGCCUCCACCGUGCUGCCGGUGUCCGCCACGCUGGAGGUCCUGGACCACUGGGUGUUCGGGCGGGUGUUCUGUGACAUCUGGGCGGCGGUGGACGUGCUGUGCUGCACGGCGUCCAUCAUGUCUCUGUGCGUGAUCUCCAUCGACCGCUACAUCGGCGUCCGCUGCCCGCUGCAGUACCCGACCAUCGUCACGGAGACCAGGGCGCUGCUCGCCAUGCUGGGGGUCUGGAUCCUCGCCAUCGUCAUCUCCAUCGGCCCGCUGCUGGGCUGGAAGCAGCCGCCGUCCCAGGACGACACGGUGUGUCUCAUCACGGAGGAACCGUUCUACGCUCUGUUCUCCUCGCUGGGUUCCUUCUACAUCCCGCUGGCCGUCAUCCUCUUCAUGUACUGUCGCGUCUACGUCGUGGCCAAACGCACCACCAGGAACCUGGAGGCCGGCGUGAUGAGGGAGCGUCUGCAGGACUCCAACGAGUUCACCCUGAGGAUCCACCGCGGGAACCAGGAGCCAGGCCCCGCUCCCAUGGCCGGAGGGGGCGGGGCCUCGGCACGCAGCGCGCUCACCUUCAAGCUGCUGAAGUUCUCCAGAGAGAAGAAGGCCGCCAAGACGCUGGGCGUGGUGGUGGGCAUGUUCAUCCUCUGCUGGCUGCCCUUCUUCCUGGUUCUGCCCAUCGGCUCCUUCAACAGCAGUCUUCGUCCACCUGAAACUUUCUUCAAAGUAAUCUUCUGGCUCGGAUAUUUCAACAGCUGUCUGAACCCCAUCAUCUACCCCUGUUACAGCCGGGAGUUCAAACAGGCAUUCAUCCGGAUCCUCCGCUGUCGCCUGAAGAGGAAGCGUCAGACGUAUUAUAACCAUCGCUGCCAUCAGAGCUCCAACUCCUCGUCCUUCAUGAACGGCAGCCAGCAGACGUUGUCCUCCAUCAGUCCCAGUCCGCACUGCGUCGCCUCCAGGCUCCGCCCCCUACCAUGGGCCACCUCCUCCUCCUCCUCCUCCAACCGAGGCCUCCUCCCUGGGCUGACGGGACAGAAGCGGCCAAGUCCUGUGUCGCCGCUCGCCGAGGACACCGGGACGGGUGAACGAGCAGAACAGUAACUGACACGCCAUGCUGCUGACAGGAAAUGGUUUAAGAAACACACACAGGUGUCACUGCUGACAUCACGAGACGCUCUGUCACUCACCGGAGGGGUCACUCAGGUGUGAUGACGUCACAGGUGUUUCGGACUCUUCCUCAAUGACUCACCUGUGAAACAUGGAGGAACACAUCACCUGACCUCAAACCACCUGAUGCUUUUACCUCUGAUCACAACAUCAACCAAAACUCAAUCAUC